GAGGAGCAACAACACAUAGCGCCAUCUGUUUCCUUCGAAAAACGUGCUUGGAUCAUCAAAACAGGACAAAAAGAAGAUUGUAGCACUUUGUACGGGGGACAUUUUAAAGGAGGUUACAGGGAACAUAAACCAUGUAAAUAUACACAUAUUACAGGCAGUGAAGGCUGGAGCUGAUCCUGUUCAUCCAGAAGCAUAAUUUGUUAGCAGUUGGAACAGUGUGACAUUUCUGCCCUCAACAUGAGUGAUAUUCAAGAAUACCCAGAUGUUGUCCAGGAAUUCAGGGGACAUCUUAACCCUGGUCGUCUAAAACUGCAGAGUAACAGUGUCAUCUUCAAGAACACCAAGACCGGUAAGGUGGACCAGUACCAGAGCAGUGACAUCACCAAGGCAGAGUGGCUGAAGCGUGCUCGAGGUUAUUGUCUGAAGAUCAAGCUUAACAAUGAUACAAUCCACAGAUAUGAUGGCUUCAAAGAAACGGAUUUCGAGAAGCUGUCUGGUUUUGUGUCCAACUUCUAUAAUACGUCAUUGGAGAAGGUGGAUGUCUCAUUGAAAGGCUGGAACUAUGGCAUAGCCCGUUUUCUAGGUAACGCCUUGACGUUUGAAGUGGACAAGUCCAUGUCAUUUGAGGUCCCACUGACAAACGUAUCGCACUCAACAACGGCGAAGAAUGAGGUGACUUUGGAAUUUCACUUGAAUGACGACGCAGCCGUCUCGCUUACAGAGAUGCGAUUCCACAUACCUGCUGACGCCAACCGGGACUCCGAGAAUGAUCCUGUACAGGAGUUCUACAAGAAUGUGAUGGAGAGUGCGGACAUCAUCCAGGCAACUGGAGAAUCCAUUGUCACCCUACAAGAAAUCCAGUGUCUUACACCAAGAGGUCGUUAUGACCUGAAGAUGUACCCGACGUUCCUGCAGUUGCAUGGUAAAACCUUCGACUACAAGAUACCCUACACCACAGUUCUACGUCUCUUCUUGCUCCCUCACAAGGAUGGAAGACAGAUGUUCUUUGUGGUGAGCCUCGACCCGCCCAUCAAACAGGGACAGACACGUUACCACUUCCUUAUUCUUCUCUUCAACAAGGAUGAUGAAAUGACGGCCGAACUGAACCUAACAGAUGAGGACAUUGAGAAGAAGUAUGAUGGCAAACUGACAAGGGAGAUGUCUGGACCAGAUUAUGAAGUGGUCAGCAAAAUAUUCAAGGCCAUCACAACAAGCAAGAUCACUGUACCAGGAGGCUUUGUUGGCCAUUCUGGAACUCAAGCAAUCGGCUGCUCCUACAAGGCAGCCACAGGGCUGUUGUACCCGCUGGAGAGGGGCUUCAUCUUCGUCCACAAACCUCCCAUUCACAUCAGGUUCGAUGAGAUUGCUGCGGUCAAUUUUGCUCGAAGUUCCGGCAAUACAAGGUCAUUUGACUUUGAUGUGGAGUCCAAGUCCGGAACAGUCUACAACUUUGUCGGUCUUGAAAAAGAUGAGUACGGGAAGCUCUAUGACUUUGUUGCUCAGAAGAAACUGAGAGUCAAGAACAUCGGUGGAAAGGGGAAAAAACGAACCCAGGACGAUGAUGACUGGGGCAGUGGUGAUGAGGGUGGCGAACACGAUGCCUACCUGGAGCGUAUGAAGGAGGAAGGCAAGAAUCGCCAGGUGGACGACGAGGAUGACGACAGUGACAGCUCAGAUGAGUCCUACAAUCCUGGAGGAAGUGGAAGUGAGGUGGCUGAAGAGUAUGACAGCAACCCGCCGACGUCGUCGACGUCAGACUCGGACUAUUCAGCCGGCUCCGCAGGGAGUGGAGGAGACUCAGAAGCUGAAGCAAGGAGGGAGAAGAAGAAGGAGAAGAGAGAAAAGAAGGAGAAGAAGAAGUCCAAGUCUGCUAAGACAGUUAAGGAAGGAAGAAGGAAGAGAAGGAGCAAGAAGGACAGGGACCCCAACAGGCCUAAACGGGCUCAGUCAGCAUAUUUCUUGUGGCUCAACGAAAGCAGAGAAAGCAUCAAAACAGAAUUCCCAGGACUGUCCAUCACAGAAUUGUCAAAGAAGGCUGGUGAGAUGUGGAGGGACAUGACAGACAAAUCUAAGUGGGAGGCGUUGGCGGAGGAGGCGAAGAAGGAGUACCAGGCUGCCAUGGAAGAGUACAAGAAACAGAAGGAAGAAGAACCCAGUGGUGACGAUGAUGACGAUGACGAAGAGGGAGGUAGAGGAAGUCCAAAGAAGGAGAAAAAGGAAAAGGUGAGCCCCAGCCCGAAGAAGCAGACUGAGUCUCGAGCCGGUGCAGGAAGUGACUACAAGAGCAAGGAGUUCAUCUCUAGCUCCUCCAGUUCCGACGAGGACAAGCCUCUCAAGAAGAAGGCCAAGAAGGAGGGCCGCAAGGAGAAGCGAGCGGUGAGCUCCCCCAAGGGGAGGAAAAGCAAGCGAGGAGCAAAGAGGAACUCAGGGAGUGAGAGCGAGGAAGCAGAGCUGCCGGAAGACGAGGAGAUCCUCAGUUCGCCCACAGCAUCUGAAGCUUCAGGUUCCGAGUCCGACUCCGACUGAGACAAGGACAGACUGAACGCACCUGCCCAAGACUAUCAUAUUAACCCUGUGUCUGAGCAAUGCUUCUUUCAACAAGCUUCAGGUUCCGAGUUCGACUCAGACUGAGGCCUCUGUGUUCUGAUCAUGAGCUGUGAAUGUUAACUCUUGCAGCCUUGACAAGAGGCUACAUGUUCCACGUACCCAAGCAUCUGUAUAUAACAACACAUUGUGAAUCCAUCACCAGGACCUGCGACAGCCAAAAUCUAGUUCAUGCUAUCAAAUGUUGUUUUAGUGCUGCAUGUCGUUCCUGUGAGACUACGUGCCGGAUUUCUUGUAAAUGAUACAAACAAGAUCAUUUUGUUAACAUACUCAAAUUCAUUGUCAUUCAUAUUAAGAAGAUUUGAUCAAAUGUCUUCUCGUUCCCUGUAUACUGGAGUUUGUAAAUAUUCAUGCUGAAUGUGCUGUCAAGUGAUGUAAAUAAAUGUGUGCCUUCUUA